AUGGUCAGCCCGUAUUUGUCGAACUUUUUACACGCUUCGAUCGACGUGGGUGAUCUACGUCAGACUGACCUGGCCGACUGCCACAUCGACAUCAACCGGCUCGAGUCGCUGCUGGCUGAGGGCCUUUGCACUUUCUGCAGUAUUCGCAGGACGAAUAACGUGGUGGCGAACUCGAAGCUUCGCUGUGAGUGCCAGACGUGGCAACGGGACCGUCUUUUGAUCUUCUCCUUCGGAUCGCUGACGUACACACCUCAUCAGGUGGCGUUUAAGCUGAUACGCUAUUGGUGGAUUGAACGACUUCUGUCCGCUGAGGUCAUGAACUCAUACCGGUUGAGGCAUAUUAACAAUCUGUUCAGACGACGCCGAGACAUGCUUGGUUCUGGAUCUGACCUGGCGGAAGACGAUGCGAUGGCUGCCGCUGCCAUUAUUGCAGAUCUAAACGCGGCGCCGGCUCGCAUCGGCUCUGAUGAUCAAGAAAUUGACGCGCAUGCACCGGCCGAUGACCUGCCGAUGUAUCCUUUCAUCCCCAUGGAAAGACUAAACGAAAUCUUCGAUGUGCCUGACAAAGUGAUUGAAAUGCACGGUCACAUCAUCGGUAUGGCGCUCAGCAACGACGGUCGUUACCUGUUCCUGAACGUCAGACCAUGGCCCCCUGGUUGCUACGUUUCUGACCCGUUGGAGCCUCCGCCAAUUGCCAUGCAAAUAGAGCUUCGAGUGGUGGAUCUGGAAACUCUUCAACUGACCGACUCUUUGUACAUGGCACACAAAGGCUACACACCAAACGAUCAGUGCUUUUUCAUCUUCUUGGACGCCGCUGGCCCAUACGCUGCCAGUGGAUCUGAAGACAAUUUUGGGUAUAUAUGGGAUCGAUACUACGACUGCUUGAUAGCGAAGGUGCCGCACCAAAGCGUUGUCAACUGCGUCGCGUUCAACCCAACCGACCCAGAAAUGAUGGUAACGGUCUCAGAUGACCGUUCGAUUAAGGUCUGGGAAUCAAAACGAAGAAUAGCCAGAUCUGACGAAGCAGACGAUAAUUCAGACGAAAUGAGCUUCGACAGGGAGUGA